CUUGCCAAUGAGAUAAACCUUGUUGAAGGUCAUAUUAAUCGAACACUGAUCAAUACAUAAUCGAAGAUGAUUUAUGUGAAAUUGUUUCUAUGAAACUAGAUUUGGCCACACUGUAUCAAAUCCCUUUUUUCGAAAGAAUAAAUUCGAAGGGACGUCCCGGACGUAGUGGUUGUUCAGAAGAAAAGGACCUUCAGGAUUUUCAAUCAAUUGUAACUCUUCACUUGAAUUUCACCUUGAUCUGUUGAUGAUUUUUAUACGUCUAGACAAAAAAAAAAAAUCUUGCUCCAUUGCAUGCCAAAUCUGAAGUGGGUUUUUGUUCUACUAUGUAUCUAUAUUUUCAUCAAUAAUAUCCAUUUAGGCAGCAGUAGCUCCAGUUUUUCUUCGGACCCAACUGCCCGGCAACGGUUGGAUAGAGUUUGAGAGCUUCCUGGGCUAGCUUUCAAUGUGAGUUUUGCACACUACUCUGGGUAUGUCAGUAUGUCACAGUCAAUGAGGAAUUUGGGAGGGCUUUGUUCAACUAGUUUGUUGAGGCUGUUGAUGAACCUUCUUCUAAGCCUCUGGUUCUUUGGCUCAAAGGAGGUGAAUCUUUCAAUUGAAAAUCUAUCUUUUUGCUCUUGCUCUUUGACUUUAAUUUGCUUUGUGGCUUUGGUUCUUGAUACUCUUAAGUUGAAUUAAUUGGAUGGUAGAAUUAUCCGUGGUCAAUGAUUCCUUAUUCUGAUUUUGGCUCAAUGGAGGUGAAUCUUUCAAUUAGAAACAUACCCUUUUGUUCUUGCUUUUUGACUUUAAUUUGCUAUGUGGCUUUGGUUCUAGAUUUUCCUAAGUGGUGCUAAUUCGACAUAGUGUUAGUAAUAGGCAAUAGUUUUCGUGAAAAGUUAUGAUUUUGGAUCAAUGGAGGUAAAUCUUCCAACUAGAAACAGACCCUUUUGUUUCUGCUUUGAAUUUGAUUUGCCAAGCGACUUCAGUUCUAGAUUCUACUUCAAAGCCCUAACUAGGUUAAAAAACCACAGAAGCAGAAAGAGCAAAAGGGAGUACCUAUGAACGAAGAACUGGUAACUAAACUCUUGACUAGCAGCUUGCCUUCGUUAGAAGGAAAGAAAGCUUAUCCGCGCAAUCAACAUGGAUCGCUUGACGACCUCUUUGCUCUGGACGACUUAUCUAAGGUUUUGAAUCCUUUGUAGGACUUGUAUGAACUGGAUGGUAGUAUUACUUAUAAAGUUUCUGAUUUUAGCUCAAUGGAUAUGAGUCUUUCAAGUAGACAAAAUAUCCUUUUGUUCUUGUCUUUAUCGUGUUGCUUUGAUUGAAGUUCGUUUUGUGGGUGCUUUUAUUUUGGUUCUGAAGUUUGUGUGUUGUACUAAUUGGAUGACAAUACAUUUUCUUUUAUAGCUAAAAUUUGGAAGGUAAUAAGAAUUCGGAUAAGCACACUCUUGUUAUUUUGUCUAUUUGAUAUGUGGUACUAUUCUCGAUAGUUCCUUACAUUUGUGCAAUAAUUUGAAGAAGAUGAUAUUCACUUCCGGCGUCCAUUCAUCCCCCUUUUUCCUCCUUGCAUACGCUAUUCCAUCUUCAUACGUAUCUGUGGAUAAAUAUGUUUGUACGGUAUUGUGCAUAAAAUAUUACAUUUUGUGCAGUAAUUUGAAGAAAAUGAUAAUUACUUCCCGUGUCCUCCAUCCCCCAGUUUCAUGAAUCCAUCUUCAUAUCUGUCUAUUGCCUAUGGGUAAGUAUGCUUGUACAUGUAAUGUUCAUAUAGGAUUACAGUAUUUUAUUUCCAUACCAUGCAGGUUUAACUUUUUGAUUCCAGUCUAUGUAUGUGUAUCUGGCAGUGCCUGCAAAUGCAUUCUUUUCUGAUAUAGUGCCCACAUGUUCAUUAACUUGUAUCUAUUAUGUCCAAACUAUAAAACAUCUUAGUAUGUCUUUCAUAACCUUUAUUGAUCAGAUGUGUGUUGGUUUAAAUUUUUUAUUCUUCUCUUCCCAUUCCUGAUGACAUAUAAGACAAGAGAGUACUUUUUUGCGAAAAUGGUUUGCUUAUCCGAUGGCUGUUUCUUUAUGGCCUGGAUGUUCAUCAAUUGCUUAUGGGAUGGCUGAAGAACUUGGACCUUUUCACAAUCUCAAUCCCAUCCCAAUUCCUUUCUCGCUACCGAAUGUCAUCAAUAUAGUACCUAUAACGCAUCAAACGAGAACGGUUCCAGGUGGUGAACAAGAAUGUGACAAGGAGUUCAAAUGCGUGUGGGGGCCGGCGUGUGAAGAUUAGACGACUUGUAUGGAUGAUUGCCAGACUAUAUUUGAAGAUAAUAUUAAAGGCGCCCAACUCGUGACCGCGACUUAUAUACCUGUUACUAACACGUGCCGAUGCCACAUCAUCUCAGAUACUCUUUGUAAUGCGGAAUCUCUUGCUCCCGCUCCCACUCCUGCUCCAUCCAUGGGAGGAGAAGUAAUGGAUGAUUAAUUUCGGGCUCAUGUCAAUGACAACACUGUUUGAAUAUGACGGAAAUUAAUUAUGGAUUGCAAGUUUGCAACAGAAAAAAGAAUGAUUAGUUAGUUAAAAUUCUCCAAUUGAAUUUCCUCCCUCACUCUCUCUGCAAAAAAGCAUUGCUGUGCAUGUAAUUAAAUCGAUGCCAGGGUAGAAAUCAUUCGAGUAAUUAAAAAUGUUGCUUUGAAUUCAUUGCCUAAGUAAGGAAGAUUGUGUUUUGAUUCCCUUUGAUAUACUUGCUUUGCAUGAAAUGGCUAUAAAAGUACCAUUUGCUUGGGACGGAUUUACUUAGAAAGUUAGUCAUUCGUUUUUUAUGCUAUUAUUAUUCUAGACAUAUUACGACGAAAUGUCUGGAAAAAAUGAGGUCUUCCAAAAUCACAAUAAGAUUUGAUAUGGAAUAUUUCAAGUACGUGUGAAGAAAUGAUUCAUAAACAAAAUGAAUCACCAUUGACAAAUCUAAGAUUGCCAAAUGUUUGGACGUUUCUCUAUUGAAUUCUUUUUCGUCAUUUUUGUCCCAGGAUUCCUUGUUGCGUAACAUCUUCAGUUUGAAUUUUAAAAAUCAUUCAUUUAGUAGAGCUCAUCGCUCAGGAAAAUGCACGGAAAACGAUAACUUGAUCUUGAAAAUGGAUUGUUUAUUUUCUUGCCGGUGAACCAUGACUCCAUCACUUGACCACCGAUAUCACUUAACAAAUUUUGAUAACCAACAACAAAACACAGUGUUCCCCUUGCCGUGAGGGGUAGGACCGUAGGAAACCCACUAAAGAUUAUGGUAAGCCAAGAUCACGGCAGUUAAAAAGCUCUGGAAAGGUCAGAAUGCUGAACUCGGAAAUACAAGGAGAGAAGCAUUCAAUGUGGCAGAUUUGCGUAAUCUCCGAGAUUGAGUUCCUAUAAAUUUGACAGUGAUUGAGUUGAAUUAACUUAAUAAGCCUUUUUCAAAAUCUUUUAGGCAUAAGUGAGCGUGAUGGAGAAGAAGAACUUGGUCUGCUGUGCCUUUUUAUGCUCGCUUUUCCUCAAUGCAAUCCACGCAAAGAAAUGCGAGGAAAAUUGCGUGGUGAAGCAUUGUCAACAAAUCUUACAACAAGGAAAAUGCGAUGAUGACAAAAUGUGCUUUGCUGCAUGUGAAAAGCAGUUUAACACCACGGAAAUGGCUUUCUGCCUCCUCCCCGACAAACAAGCCUGCAAUUGUUACUAUACCUGUGAUGAAGGACCAAUCUCUGAUUGCUCGGAGAAGAUAAAGCUGGAGGGAUGUAACAAUGCAAUGUGCGCCGGAGCAUGCAUGGAUAAGGUUAAGGGAGCAGUGUCUGGGACUUGCCUCCCUGGAAAUCAUGCCUGUGAUUGCUUUAUUCCCUGCUGAAAAAGUCCAAGGUUCUUCUUAGAUUUCAUUUCCGGCGCAUUGUUCUGCCCUGUUUACAAAUAAAUUGGAUGGAGAGAAGUCAGAUAGGCAUAAUAACUAAACUCAUGUUCCAUUUAAGUGCUUGAAUAAUACUAUUUGCGGAACCUUUGCUUUUUGCCAAG